CUUCUUUAAUAUCAUCGCCCCCAAACCAACAAUAAAACUAAGUCACACAACACCAACUCUCCUCCACCAAUCACCCAAAAAAAACACAUUCAACAAUUCAACUCAAUCACACACUUCAUUAUUUCAUUCAUAAAAAUAUAUAUAAAUGCUCACACCCUAAACCCAUUCCUUUCAAUUUUUCAAUCUCAUGGCUUCAAUUUCAAGCAUUUACUCUUCUUCCACUACACUCAACUUUCAAAACAACCAAAACAACCAAAACGCAUUCCUAACCUCAACACGACGUCGUUCGGAUCUUCCGUUUUACCAAAUCCGACCUAAACUCACCCAAACCCGCUCCGUCGCGCGCGAGGUUCCGACUAAUCUCUCCGCCGUUCAAUCGACAACACACCGUCUCGAGAAGGAUCCCCGCGCGCUAUGGCGGCGCUACGUUGAUUGGCUUUACCAACACAAGGAAAUCGGACUGUAUCUCGAUGUGAGCCGCGUCGGGUUCACCGAUGAGUUUGUUGAGGAAAUGGAGCCGCGGUUGCAGGACGCGCUUAUAGCUAUGGAGAAGCUUGAGAAGGGAGCGAUUGCGAAUCCGGAUGAAGGGCGUAUGGUUGGGCAUUAUUGGCUUAGGGAUUCGAAUCGUGCGCCGAAUUCGUUUCUGAAGUCGCAGAUUGAUAAGACGCUUGAUGCUAUUUGUGGAUUUGCUGAUGAUGUCGUCUCUGGUAAGAUUAAGCCGCCUUCUUCGCCGGAGGGGAGGUUUACUCAGAUACUUUCUGUUGGGAUUGGAGGUUCUGCACUUGGACCACAGUUUGUUGCAGAGGCGCUUGCUCCGGAUAAUCCUCCACUCAAGAUACGAUUUAUUGACAACACAGAUCCUGCUGGCAUUGAUCAUCAGAUUGCACAACUUGGCCCUGAGCUAGCUUCGACACUUGUAAUUGUGAUUUCAAAGAGUGGAGGUACCCCUGAGACUAGAAAUGGCUUAUUAGAAGUACAAAAGGCCUUUCGUGAAGCGGGAUUGGAUUUCCCAAAACAGGGUGUUGCUAUAACACAAGAAAAUUCAUUGUUGGAUAAUACUGCCAGAAUUGAGGGAUGGUUAGCUAGAUUUCCCAUGUUUGACUGGGUGGGAGGUAGAACAUCAGAGAUGUCUGCAGUCGGCCUGCUUCCAGCAGCUCUGCAGACUAUUAAUAUUCGAGAAAUGCUUCUUGGUGCAUCACUUAUGGAUGAGGCAAACAGGAAUACUGUGAUAAAGAAUAAUCCUGCAGCUUUGCUGGCUUUAUGUUGGUAUUGGGCUACCGAUGGUGUAGGAUCCAAGGAUAUGGUUAUCCUUCCGUAUAAGGACAGCCUGUUAUUAUUUAGUAGAUACUUGCAGCAACUAGUCAUGGAAUCUCUGGGCAAGGAAUAUGACUUGGAUGGUAAUCGGGUUAAUCAAGGAAUUAGUGUCUAUGGAAAUAAAGGAAGCACAGAUCAACAUGCCUAUAUUCAGCAACUGAGGGAAGGUGUACACAAUUUCUUUGCCACAUUCAUUGAGGUGCUACGUGAUAGACCACCUGGUCAUGAUUGGGAGCUUGAACCGGGUGUUACCUGUGGUGACUACCUGUUUGGUAUGCUACAGGGAACAAGGUCAGCUUUGUAUUCUAAUGACCGGGAAUCCAUCACAGUCACUGUGCAAGAAGUGACACCUAGAUCAGUUGGUGCCCUUGUUGCGUUGUAUGAACGAGCAGUUGGGAUAUAUGCCUCACUUGUCAACAUAAACGCUUAUCACCAGCCUGGUGUGGAAGCUGGUAAAAAAGCAGCAGGAGAAGUUUUAGCACUUCAGAAACGGGUGUUGGCAGUGCUAAAUGAGGCAAGCUGCAAGGAGCCUAUUGAGCCAUUGACAAUUGAAGAAGUAGCUGAACGUUGCCAUGCUCCUGAAGAUAUUGAAGUAAUUUACAAGAUCAUUGCUCAUAUGGCUGCCAACGAAAGAGCACUAAUUGCUGAAGGUAACUGUGGUUCUCCAAGGAGCGUCAAAGUUUUUCUCGGAGAGUGUAAUGUUGAUGAUCUGUUUGCAUGAGUUAGACGAAUGAAAUCCAUGUUUCGUAAUGUUAUACACAUGUUCAAAUACUCAUCGAAAGAGAGGAAGCCGGCUUGGAAUAAAUUACUUUGGAUCUCUUCAUCUUCAAUGAAAAAUGAUUUAUUUUUGUGUGGACGAACUUUUCAAAGAGUGGUUGAAUUUGGUUAUCUGAAAAGGAGCCAUGUUAAUAAACUUGACUAUAUAAACCAAAUGGAGAAUAAGAGAGGUCACAUACUGGCCAGCUUUUGUGGAAUGUUAGGUCAUUUUCAAAAGCAAAUUUCAAUUAUGUAAAAUUAAUUUUGUAUAAAUUUGUUUGGUUGUUAAUUGCCUUAAGUUUCUUUUUGAAA